CCCCGAUAUCUCGCUUAGUCGAAAGGAGCACCACGACUGAGAAACAUUGAAUCUCGAAAAAUCCUGAUCAUAAGCAAACAAUAAGAACAGACCAGAUCUUUAGGUCUUGCUAUAUAGUAAUGUUUAUGUAACGUUUGGCAUUAUACACGCAGAAAUUUAAAAAGGGAAAAAAUUCAAAAGAACGAAUAAAACUGACAAUUCUUUCGGAAAGGAUCAUGAUCGGCCAGGUUUGGAUAGCAUUUGUCUGCAUCACAACUGUUUGUGUCGUAGUAAAACAAGUACAUGAUAAAGAUUUCAGCAAAAAGAAGUUUCAUCUAAUAUGGCCUAUUUCGAAAGAAACUUUGAAAAAAUUGUACAAGAAAAAAAAAUGGAGAAAGGUCGGCACAGUCGACACGAUUUUCGUUUAUCCACUGUUGUCAAUUGAAAAUAGAAUAAUGGUUCAGAAAUUAAAUUAUAACGAGCAUCUUUCGGUUAUCGACAACUUUAUAUACAGAGAUAACAUGUUCGUGGUGUACAAUACGAACACGAAAGACGUACAAACCGAUAAGCAACUGAGACUUGUUAAUAUAAAAAUUAAGAAUCAAUUCAUAGUGCAAUUAUCAGCACCAAAUAUGUCUCUAUUAGACAUAGAUUUAAGGGAGAUAACGAAGAAAAUCAAUAUCAUCGAAUGUAUGAAUCCCGCCGAGGAAUUUCUGCCUAAGAUCAAAUUUACUGAUUGCGGCGAUGAAGCCGCCGCAUGGUUAUCAAUGUAUCUGAACAAAACCGAUAUAGGUUUAGGAUGCAUUAUACAGUCGCCACUUUUGCGAAAAAUAUUUUGGCCUUACAUGAAAGAGUUGUGUGAUUCCUACAUUUGUAACAUCAACGAUAAAAAUAUCGAGAUGCCCCAGAAUAUCCUACCAGAGUGCAGGUUGCUGAUAUUGUCAUCGCUCCAGCGAUUUAAUGAAAUUACGAGCCAUGAUACUUCCAACGUCCAGUUUAAUCCGAACAUUGUUAUUGAUCUAACAAAACCGUUGGAGGAGGUUGAAUGGGAUUGGAUCCGGAUCGGCGAAGUAACUCUUAAGAACGUUAAACCGUGGACGAAACUCGAAACGAAUGUUCCUCCGGAACACAUUCCUGCGGAGAUGAAAGCUAAACUACAGUUGUUAUAUUGCCACGUAUUAUUUCCGGGUGAAAUGAAGCAAGACGAUGAUGUAUAUAUAUACACAUGCCCAAAAAGGGAUAUUUUCAAACACAUCUCAAAAUUCUUUAAUCCGAUUUCUUUUGACCGAUUAAGCCGGUUGAAGAUGAUACUGAGAAUUGCCAAAAAGAGCGAGUAAGUUGUACCUCAAUGAAUACCGAUAUUUUGUGAUAUUUUUCGUUCUAUUUAUUAAUUAUUGCAACUUAUAUACAUUUUUUACUUAUUUUAUAUAAAGAAAACUUAUUUUAU